GAAAACACAACAUCUCCUCUAGAUGUGCACAUUUUGCCAUUUUUCAUGAAAACCGACCACAAAUUUUUCAUCUUUAGCACCGUCUCCUUUUUCUUCAUCUAUUUAAUUGGAAUGUUUAUGAAUGUAGCUAUCAUUGCAGUGAUAUAUUUGGACCAUCAUUUGCACACCCCAAUGUAUUUAUUUCUAUGGAAUUUAUCUUUGGUUGAUAUUUGUUAUACAACUGUUACCAUUCCAAAACUCUUACACAUCUUACUUUCUGGAAAUAAUGAAAUAUCAUUUACACAAUGCUUCAUCCAAAUGUAUUUUUUCUUUAUGGUGGACACUGCUGAGGUCACCGUUUUAUUCAUAAUGGCCUAUGACCGAUAUGCCGCAAUUUGUCACCCUUUAGAUUAUCAUCAAAUGCUUAACAAGAAAAUCUGCAUAUUAUUAAUGAUGGCCAUCUGGACUGGUGGAAGUGUAAAUUCAUCUUUUAUUACAAGUUCCAUCUUGAAAAUAAUUUUCUGUUCUUCGGUUACCAUUCACCAGUUCUUCUGUGACGCUAAAGCUCUCGUCAACAUUUCCUGCGGUGGAACUGAAGUGUUUUACAUCGUCUUGUAUGCAGAGUGUUUAGUAUUUGGGCUUUUGUCAGUUGUGUGCAACUUAAUGUCCUACGUAAAAAUUAUCAGGGUUGUAUUACAUAUUAAGUCCAAGGAUGGCAGAAUUAAAGCUUUUUCCACCUGUUCAUCCCACCUCACCGUGAUGGCUAUCUACUAUGGAUCUGCUAUAUCUGUAUACAUGACCCCACCAUCAGAUCGCUAUGACUUACUUGAACAGAUAUUAACCAUGUUCUACACCACAGUGGUCCCCAUGUUGAACCCUCUCAUAUACAGCCUAAGGAACAAGGAAAUAAAGAGUUACUUGCGGAAACUGCUGUUGUAGCACUCACAAGUAGUGACGCAGUUUGGAUUUGCCCCUACCAUAGACAAUUCUGCAAGUGUCAAGGUUCAAGGACCUGAAGAACUUAUAUGGGAAUUCACUAGACUGUUUGUAACCAUAAUAUACUGCCUGAUCUUCGAAUUUAAGUCAGAAAACUUGUAGUGGGCAAUAAGAAGGCUUGGAUAAGCCAACCCCCUCACUAUAAAAAGAUAAAGUCUCAGCAGCCAAAUUGACAAUGUACUUAUCUAUGGUAGCAAAACCAGAUUAGUGUAG